AUACGCUCUGACGUCUUCAGGAUGAACAGAGUUGGACGGAGUCAAUGAGCAGUUCACUAGCAGCAGAAACAAACAAGUACAUGUGUACAAGUGGACUAGAAAAAAUAUUGAUUACAAGUAUUGUAAUUCAGAGAUUGGCCGAAAGGAACCAUGGCGAGGCCUAUCAUGAGGCCAAACAGAGACCUCGUUCCCCCCAGCUCUUUUAGCUAAGGAGGGGACCUCUUUUUCUAGUGUUUUCUAGGUUCAUCUGGUCGCGGUGACGACCAGUUCGAGCGCUAAGAUGACGCUGGGUUCGCAGACGGUGACAAGUUUGCUCAAAAGCAAACCACCGGUGCCGUAUGCCCAGAUGCUAAGGCAGGUUACACACCACGUCAAGAAAUUGCAAGAGGAACUGCAGGCAGAAGCUGAAACCAAUAUAGAAUUUGAGGACAGCAGCCGUACUUCAUUUUCUGUUUGAGGGAUUUGAUCAUCAAAUUGCCACAGCUUAUUUUCAGAUUGUAUGAAUAUGUUGUCGAGCGUAUCGCAAUUCGUGAACGCGAAGUAAACCACUUAUAAUUUUCAUGAGUUAUGACUUUGCAUCGACCAGGUCGUACUUUCGAAUUUUUGACAUCGCAGUUGAAGGCUUUGAAGUCCGCCUUCAACACGUUGUCAGACACGCUGUUGGAUGAGCUGGAGCAGGUCUCUCAGACGGUCACUUUAAGGCAUUAUUAUGGCGGCUAACUAGUAUGAUGAAAUCAAGUCUUUCAUGCUUGUUAUUGCAAAUACCCAAUCAUGGUAUUGGCUUGAACUUCAUGUUUUAGGCCACCGCUAGCAUCAGCUGUGUGCGGGAAAUAGCUAAGUAGUGUCACUUUUGAUUCUUUCCUCCUUUAAUUUCUGAAGAGCUGAACGCAUUGCGGGAUCACCCACGGAUCAUCCGCGUGGAAGAACAAACCUCAAAUUUGAAAGCGCAAUUGAACGAAUUCAGUCAAGAGACGUUCGAGAAACUGAAAAGACUCGCGGAGCAAGAUUGCUUCCUAGAGAGCAAAGUUGUAUGGCGGAAGAAUGAAUGGGGGAUGCAUAGAUCUUCACAUCAGUCUUGGUUUUCCAGAGGAGAUAGUUAUACCUAAUUACAAGACAGAGGACUCAAGAAGUGGUAGUGUUCGCUAGCAUAGAACACUAACUAGCAUAGAAUUUGCUUCGCCCCCUCGCUGUUUCUACUUCUCUUCUAAGAGAGGAUCAGCUAAGCAGUGACAUGGACACUGUAUUGCAAGUGAUUCCGAAGAUAGAGGACAGCUAUCUCAAGGGCGACCGGCAGUUAGCAGAUCGACAAAACACUCUGGGCGGAGAGGUAUUGUCCAGCGCAAGUGAUAAAGGAUAAAGAGGCAAUCGUGAUAGUUAUCAUGAUUGCUCUGUCCGAUGCAUGUUCUGGCAGCAGAAAAAAUCAGUAGUCUUCAUAAAUUGUUGUACUAUCAGGUAUCCAAGCUUCACGACAUGUUGGCGGUGGAGCGAACAAAAAGCAACAAUGCCUGCGAUCGUUUGGAUUCUAGGAUGAAAGAGAUUAGCCUGGAGUUUGACGAGAAAAUAUUACGGUGCCAGAAGAGCCUGCAGCAGCAAAUGGAGUACGUGUCCAGACUUGUAAUUGCGCGUGGCGGGACUUCGGGAAGUAGCGGAGGAGCAGAGUACUCUGACAUAGUUUGUCUCUUUGUCAAUCAUGAAAUAUGUAAGUGUUGCAAUGGUGCGUAGCAGUUUGGCUCUGUUUUCGGGUUCUUGUGGGCCUUGAUUUUCAUACCACAGCGAAUGUCGUAGAAAAAACGUCCUCACAACCCAAAAACAGUCCGCGGGAUAUCGGCGCGUCGGCGCAGGCAAGUUUCAAGGAGCAAGCAGGAUCGCCUUUUUCUGCGAAAGCGUCUUUCUACAACCCCAUAGUACCGUCUCAGGCAUCAUUGAGUGGACUAACCAUACCUCCAGUCGUGAAUUCAGGCGGAAUAGGCGGAGGGCCAGCGGCCGCGGCUUCCCUUUGGUUAAGGAACUCGUACUGGUAAGUAGAUUUUUUGGUUCAGGAAGUUUUCUUCGUGUCUGCACAAUAUAACCUGUUUUAUUGUUUCGCACAAUUUGAUGGUGUUUUUUGUUUUAAGUGUCUUUGUACGUUGUGCCACGUGGUACGACUACAAUAGUAUACCCUAGCCUCCUCGACCUCGAAGAACUAUAGUAGCAAAAAGUAGAAGUCACCCAAGUUUUUUCUAAUGGCAAGUGGCCCAAGAUCACGUGUGGGCUCUCCCGGACCCGUAGAGUGGAGCAGUAACAUCGGACAGUCGGCAUCUGCGCGAUUUGCACCUGCAGCAACGGUUGUUAAUGUUUGAUGACCGAAAGGGAAGCCCGCAUGGCUGCUUAGGUGACCAGGUACAGUUAGAGCGGGAGCACUAACGUACCAAUGGAGAAGAAUAACUGGAAGUUCUUCAUCUUGUAUACUAGAAGAUACGUAGCUUACAGAGAAAGCUGCGCUUGCAGCAGCAUUUUUCUGACAUCUGUAGUUCUGGUAACAUCUGAAUCGCUCUCGGGAAGUCUGAGGUUGUACGAGUGGGAAUCCUCGUCUUCAAGUGACAAAAAGUCCUUUUGUAUGCUUUCUUCUUUGUAUUCCUUCUACAACUGAUCCGUCUACUUUGAAAACAUUUCUGCUUGCUGACGGCAAAGAGACUUUCUAGAUUCGCGAAGCAAUCGCCCAUGCGCAGCUAAUACCAUGAUGAGCUAUGACCUGUCUUCCAGUCUUUUCAUUCUGGGCUCAGGAAACUGUUGCAGAUGAUUCGAGUCCGACUCGAAGCGUGUUGGAUUUCUUCGCUACAGGUCAGAUGCGGCCCGACUGAAUCAAAAAGAGAGAAAGCCUACUUUUCUCGGAGGAAUCUUGUCGUGCGCAAGAGUGAAGGUCCUACUCCUUUUGUUUGCUUGUCGUACUCUGUUUACUUCGUUGGUUUUUCAGCGCUCACUAACUGGUGAGGUCUGCUGUCGUCCUUUCUCUUCUCAAAAGGGUCUUACGAGGGCUGCGGGGUUUCAGGCGUUACUUAUCUUAUUUACUUCAUCCGGCUUUUGCUCUUUGGCUGAAGAUACUCUUGUUAUGGUUUGUUGGAGCGUAGUCAUGUGGCAGUGGAGGCACAGGCGGCGUGUAUAGUCAGAUGUCUAAAGCGUCCCCCAUAUUCCUACGGAUACUACACAUGAAAGGAUAACAUGCAUGGAUGAUUCAACGACUCAACACAAAAGUCGUCGAUUGUUCAUAUCCUCUACCGAUUCAGUUCGGCACUCACCGAC